UUUCUUAGCUCAUCCACAUUCGCUUUCUGCUGUCCAACCAAACUUUCUCUUCUAUCCAACUGAAGUAAAGUCAAGCCAUGCUUUUUAUGUUACAGGUGUCAUUAAAUUUUCUUCCCUGAAUUAUGUAGUACCCUUGAGGGGAAAGUAUCUUUUUUAUUGAAUAUCAUAUCAAAUUCUCUCAAAUGCCAGGAACAAUCCAAGUUUCAGUGUUGGAUUUCAAGAACAUUUCAUCUCCAGCACCAUCUUCCUCAAUUUGCUUAUGGGUUUCUAUGGGGAAGAGAGCAUACCAAACGUGGGACAAAGGAGAUUUCUCAUUCCCAUUAACGACAUUUCGCGAAAAUUUGGUUGUUAGACUUCAGGAUGCUGAGGGAAACGAGAUAUCACGUGCAGAAGUUCAGACCUUAUCGAUAGUUGAGAAGGGUUAUUGGGACGAUUUUUUCCAACUUGAAGGAGGUGAUUAUGUACAUAUGAAGUUGCAAUUCAUUCUCAGUGAAGAUGAACGCAACCGAAUUCGUAAUGUGAGAGAAUCUGCUCUGAAGAAGAAAAAAUACAUAGUUCCUGCAACAAAUGUUGAAUAUAAAGGAACAACAAUUCCUGUGGGAGAUACAUUUGCAUCAUCUCCGCCCAUCAGAAGGAAGUUUUCAGAAUGCCACAGAUAGAAGUGAAGCAACCUCAUCUUCACCUGUGAAAGAAAUGGUUCAAAUACAAUAUUCUGAGCCUGACAGACCAUCAGCUAAGAAGCUUCAAACUCCGGUAAUACGUGAUUAUAUUUCUAUAAAACCUGUUAAUGAGCAAGAUGCUCAGUCUAUGUUGAAGAAGGAUGUAGCUGCAAAGAAAGAGUCUGUGCCUCAAAAGACAAUUAUUGAUCCAUUUAAUAAAUCUGAGGAUCAAAGUGCUCAGUCUAUGUUGAAGAUAGAUCUUGCUGCAAAGAAAGAGUCCAUAUCCCAAACGAAGAUUGUUGAUCCAUCUAAUAAACCUGGGGAUCAAGGUGUAUUGAAGAAAACUCCUAGCAGUGUCAGGAAUAUGAUAAGUGCCUUUGAAACCGGCCUUGCUCAGAAGAAGGGGAGAAGAUCGCUUACAAGGAAUCGAGCAUCAAAAUCCCAACCAAAUUUAGUUGGAAUAGGAGGCUCCGUAAAAGAUUUGUAUCCAGAGGACACUGCAAGGCCUAAUAAGAUGAGUGCACUAAGAGUAGCAAGACCUCUUAAUGGGAACUUGCCAGAACCUCAAAGUAAUAUUGGCAAAAGAGGGGAAAUUAGUUUUCCUGAGCAAGAUAUUGUUGGUAAAGGACAGCCCGUGUUCCAUGAAAAGUUGAAGCAGUCAAGUGUGCACAUUGUCACAUUUAAUGAAGCAGGCUCAAGUCAGCAAGAAACUUUAAGAUCUGCUGAAAAGGAGUCUAAUACUGGAGCUACUUCACCUGUAGAUUUGAUGAGAGGAGAAAGUAGUUCACUUGAGCAAGAUAUUGUUGGUACUGGACAGCCCGUGUUCCAUGAGCAGUUGAAACAGUCAAGUGUGGACAUUGUCCCAUUUAAUGAAGCAGGCUCAAGUCAGCAGGAUACCUUAAGAUCUGCUAAAAAGGAGUCAAAUGCUGUAACUACUUCACCUGUGGAUUUGAUGAGAUUAUCCAACCUGGAAACAGCUACUAGCUCCCAAAUAAUUAAUGUGGCUCAUUCAGAUAUGCUGAAAGCUAAUAAUUUAGCUGCUGACCAAGAUCGUUCUAAUGAUCCUUCAGUUGCAGAACAACAAAACAGAGAAAUUAGAUCAGAGGCUUUACUAGAAGUUCAUAUUGAAAGGGUUUCAAAUGAGAAACCAAAAUUAAUAGCGUAUUGCGAAAAUGAGCAUUAUGACUCUGAAAAUUCUGGUGUAUGGAUAUUUCCGGAUAACAAAAAUCGUGUCUGUAUAACAACUGCAGGCGAAAGCGCAGUGCAUUUAUUGGAAGAUUGCCACAUUGGAGUAGAUGAUCAUCAAAGGGAUAAGAAACCACCUAAGCAAGAAAUUAAACGGAAGCAUGGUUUUUUCCAUAGAAGUGACUCCACGAUAAAGAAAGGAGGAGAGAAGCCACGAAAGCCAAGAAAAUCUCAGUCUGAGAGCUCUGGACAAAAUGGCCCUUUUGGACCCGUUAGACAGGUGAUAAAAAUUGCAGUUAUUGUAGGGUUUGGAAUAUUAGUUCUCCUCACCAGACAAAAAGAAAUCAGGAGAAAUGACAGAAAAUCGAAGGAGUUUUACUUCGCUAGUCCAGAUUUCAUGGAUCAGUUGGCAUCUUCAGAAGAAAAAUGGAGUCUAUUAACCGCAGAAGGAAAUUGAUUCAUCGCCUUCUCCCAAGACAAGGCUAACCUUUUGGCGAUCAUAAAGGAUAUAUCUGAUUGAAUUGCACUUUUGUUGAUAGUGAUAAUCUUGUAUUUUGGAAAUAAUGGUCUGGUCUGUCACUCUUUGGCAUUCAUCUAAACAUUUCUUUUCGUGCAUUUAGCAUGUUUUUAAAUAUUCUUUCUCCAUAGAUGUAAGACAAGCUGCUAUUUUGGUUAAUAAUGAGUACAUCAAAUCCUUCCUGUAGAUGAUUAAGGUUUAGAAUGGAAAUGAGAAUACAGAUUGCAGUAAA